AUGUGGCUAACUCUUACAUUAGUGGGCCUAUGUAUCUAUGUUGUCUACCAUUUAAUCCAAUUCUGGAUCAUCAAACCAUGGCGUGUACAUAGAGAUUUAUCGUCUCAAGGUGUGCCGGGAAGAUAUAUACCGAUUGUAGGUGAUAUUCUUCGUAUUCGACAAGCCGUUCUCGCAGAAAAACCAUUAUCGUAUUCUAUCGAAGCUGCAAAAGAAUUCGGUGACUAUUAUCGCAUGUCAUUAGGUCCGAUUCCGGGUUUCAAUAUCAGUGAUCCAUCAUUGAUUGUUGGAGUAUUGAAGACUAAUGCUCAUGCAUACCGAAAGUCAGUUUUUAUGCAAUCAAUUAUUGGAACAUUGAUCGGUACUGAUAACCUUCUAACAAGUGAAAAUGAGACACAUACUCAAUGUCGGCGAUUGGUAAGUCCCGUAUUUCAACGUCAAAAUCUCAACUCAAUGAUACCAAUGAUGAUUGAAAUAACAUCAAACGUUCUCGAUAAAUGGGCACAAUGUGCCUAUACGACUGAAAACAGAAUAGCCACUAUUGAUAUUUGUGAAGAGAUGGCACUUCUAACAUUGAGUAUGAUAUGUGGUUGUGUAUUUGGAAAAAAUAUUUCAAAGGAUAAAAAUAUACCUGAAAAAAUAUAUCAAAAUGUAACAGUCAUACUUAAAGAACUCGAAAAACGUCUUUUUGAUAUGAUCGCCAUCCUUCCAUUGAUCAAUCGAUUACCACUUCCGAGUAAACUACGUAUUGACAAAUCAAUGCAAGAUCUUCGCACAAUUGUUGAAUCUGUCAUCGAUGAACGAAAGAGAGGCUUGACAAAGUCUACUGCAAAAGGACCUGAUUUACUCGAUCAACUGUUGACAAAAUAUGGUCAUGACGAAACAAAUCAGGCAACUGUUGACAAAAUUUACCAAGAAACAUUAACAUUCAUCAUUGCUGGUCAUGAGACUACAUCGAACUUGAUGGCAUGGACUUUAUACAACUUGGCAUGUUAUCCUGAAGUUUAUCGUCGUUGUCAAAAUGAAAUUGAUUCAAUUUUAAAUAAUGAAGAUGUAAUAGAUUCUUCAACACUCUCACUUCUCAAUUAUACAGAAGCCGUAUUAAAAGAAUCAUUACGACUUUAUCCAUCAAUACCUCUGUUACCUCGCACUGCAAUUAAAGAUAAUAUUCUUGUAACAAGUGAUGGAAAACACAUUCGGAUUAGCAAAGGAACCGAAGUUAUUGUCAAUUUGUAUACGCUUCAUCAUUCAGAAAACCAUUGGUCGGAACCGGAAAAAUUUGAUCCAUCUCGAUUUGAUCAACAUCAAUCAGACAAGUUUUUGCCAUUUUCAAUUGGUUUUCGUUCUUGUAUUGGACAACAUUUCGCUAUGUUAGAAGCUAAAAUCAUGUUAUUAAUGAUUAUUCGACGAUUUCAUAUCGAACUUGUACCUGGACAAAAGCAUGUUCCAGAUAUUGCUAUCACAUUAAGACCUAAAUAUGAAAUGUGGAUGCGAAUGUCGCUACGGUGA